GUGCCUAAAAUGGGUCUUUAUUGGGCCUGGUUUUAAAUGAUAUUAAUCGACGUCGUUUCUGCGGCCGUUUACAGCUUCCCUUCGUCUGUAAUCGUCGAACACAUCGUCGUCACUUAGCUCCGCAGCUCGAUCUUACUCAUCAAAUCGGCAGAGAAGAAAGCAGAUAAUGAAUGAUACUACAUCACAAAAGCUGGGAACUUUGGUUUCUGAUGGUGGACCAGUGAAUGUGUAUAUAUGGGACAUGGACGAGACUCUAAUCUUACUUAGAUCUCUGUUAAAUGGGACCUAUGCUCAGUCUUUUAACGGCUCUAAAGAUGUUAAAAGAGGUGUAGAGAUUGGGGAGAUGUGGGAGAAACACAUUCUUAAGAUCUGUGACAAUUGUUUCUUCUACGAGCAAAUUGAGGAUUGCAACGAACCAUUUGUUGAUUCUUUGAGACAAUAUGAUGACGGGAAGGAUCUUUCUCAGUAUGACUUCAAACAAGACGACUUUAGUACUCCUACCGAUGACUUGAACAAGAGGAAACUUGCCUACAGACAUCGAGCUGUUGCUCGCAAAUACGAAAAGGGUUUGCGUCCUUUGAUUGACGGCGAAACGAUGAGUAUAUUGGACGAGUUGUACCACGUAACUGAUGGAUACACAGACCGGUGGCUUUCUUCGGCAAGGGCUUUCCUGGAGCAGUGUUCAUGUGUGAAAGACGAGUCUAGUGAUGGAACAAGUGCAAUCGAUCGAAUCUCUCAGGAUAUACAUAUUCUAGUGACCUCAGGGGCACUCGUACCGAGCCUCGUGAAGUGCCUGCUUUUCCGGCUAGAUACAUUCAUAAGACAUGAAAAUGUGUACAGUUCAAUAGAUGUGGGGAAGCUCCAAUGUUUCAAAUGGAUCAAGGAGCGUUUCAGCCAUCCGAAUUUCAGAUUCUGUGCGAUCGGUGACGGAUGGGAAGAGUGUGCAGCCGCGCAGGCAAUGCAAUGGCCGUUCGUUAAGAUCGAUUUGCAACCGGAUAGCUCCCACAGAUUCCCUGGCAUAACGCCGAAGAUUGUGAGCUACUACUUUGAUGCUAAUGAAACAAACAACAAAGACUAAGUGUCUUGAUGAAGCUUUUUUCCUAUUGUUGUAAUAUAUGCAACCAUCCCAACAAAAGCCCUUCCUUGCAAACCCACCAUUGUUUAUACAUAAGAUUAGACUGAGUUAAGUCGGAAUUUGGUAUUUGUAAUCAAACAGUUGAUUUUUUAAAGAUUUUGUCUUUGCAAUAUCUUAUUGAUAUUUAUUGUAUGUUGAGCCAUCGCACGUAAUUGAGAGAAUUAAGAGAGUU